AUGUUUUUUGCAACAGCAACCUUGUAUUGCUAUCUACUUGCAUUUGCAGCGGCCCAAUCCAUCGCAAACCAGAACAAUAGAAAUAAGGAAUCCGCCAAAGGUGAGAAUCCAGUAAACCAAAGUCGAGGCCAACAAGUGGGAGCUAGACGUAGUCAACAGUUUCCAGAGGGCAAUUUCCACAGCAAUUCUGGUAACGGUCAACAAAUAAAUCCAGGACACUAUCCAAACAACAGGAACGAUUGGAACUACCCCAACAAUGGGAAUUCGGGACCAAAUCUAGGAGGAAACCAAGGCUACCACUCUGGAAAUAGAAAUCCGGAACGCUACCCAUGGGGAUAUCAAGGAUUCUAUCCUAAUGGUAGAGAUCAAGGACAGUAUCCAAAUUGGAAUCAAGGGUAUUAUCCUGGCAACAGAAACCCGGGACAAUAUCCGGGAGGAAAUCGAGGAUAUUAUCCUGGCAGUGAAACUCAAUGGUAUUAUCCAGGAGGAAACCAAGGCUAUUUUCCUGGAAAUAGAAAUCCGGGACGCUACCCAGAGAGAGAUCAAGGAUCCUAUCCUGAUAGAAGAGACCCGAGUCAGUACCCAAACUGGAAUCAAGGAUAUUAUCCUGGCAACAGAAAUCCGGGACGCUACCCAGGGAGAGAUCAAGGAUCUUAUCCUGAUGGAAGAGACCCAAGUCAGUACCCAUACUGGAAUCAAGGAUAUUAUCCUGACAACAGAAACUCGGGACAAUAUCCGGGAGGAAAUCGCGACUACUACUCUAACAACGGAAAUUCAGGACGAUAUCCUGUUACUAGAAUACCUUAA